AAAACAUGCACUCACACCUUUACCAUCGCUCCGCCACCGACACCACCACCGGAAACCGUCACCUUCCGCCGCAGAUGCUGCUCUCAGGCUGCACUACUACCAGUAAUCACGAUUCGUCGUUGUUAUUAGAUCAUUAUCCUUGCCAUGAGUCGGUAACAGCUGAUUCCUCACCACCUUCUCGAUCGCUCUCAUCCUCCUCAGCUUCGAUCAAUCACAAAGAGGCUGAGAAACGUCGGAGAGAGAGAAUCAAUUUUCAUCUUAAUCGCCUUAGAACUCUUCUUCCUUGCAAUUCCAAAACGGAUAAAGCAUCUCUGCUCGCAAAGGUGAUUGAAAGGUUGAAGGAGCUGAAACAAAUCACCUCAGAAAUCGAACAGCUCGAAAGCUUCCCUUCGGAAAAGGAUGAAAUCACAGUAAUCUCGUUGAAUAACGACGAAGGCAAUGGAAGAAUAGUGAUUAAAGCUUCAAUGUGUUGUGAAAACCGAUCAGAUCUUCUUACCGACAUGAUACAAACCCUAAAAUCGCUGCAACUGAGGCCACUGAGGAUGGAAAUGGUGGCAAUGGGUGGGCGAAUACGCAACAUCAUAUUGGUGGAAUGUGAUUGUGAAAGAGAUGAUUCUGGUGAGUUGGUUUAUUGCUUAAAAGAAGCAUUGAGUUGUUUGGUUAAAAGUAAUUUGGAUUCGAAUCAAUCAUCUAAACGUCGAAGAAUGAUCGGUUGCAGAUGAUGAUCGAUCUUUCUAUCGAUUUUUGGAUGUGUUUGUGAUCUUCCCAUUUGGGAAUUUAUGGUAUGAAACUAGUUUUAUCUUUCAACUUC